AUGUUGAGAAUAAUGACAAGAUUAGUUAAUAAUUAUCGUGGUCAUGUUAUUCAAAGUUGUUGUGCUUCAACUUAUCCGAAAAAAUUAGAUGGAAAAGUAGCAGUUGUAACAGCAUCAACUGAUGGUAUAGGAUUUGCGAUAGCCAAAAAUUUAGCUGUAAAUGGAGCUAAUGUUGUGAUUAGCAGUAGGAAAAAAAAUAAUGUCGAGUCUGCUGUGGAGAAACUUCAUUGUGAAGGUUUAAAAAAUGUUACUGGAGUUGUUUGUCAUGUUGGUAAUGCAGAGCAAAGGAAUGAAUUAUUUAAAACUGCUGUCGAAUGUUACGGAGGAGUUGAUAUAUUAGUUUCUAAUGCUGCAGUAAAUCCUGAAACUGGUCCAGUUUUAGAAUGUGAGGAAAAAGUGUGGGAUAAAAUUUUUGAAAUCAAUGUUAAGGCAGCUUAUUUGCUCGCUAAACAAGCUGUUCCACUCAUGCAAAAAAGAAAUGGAGGUUCCAUUGUUUUCGUUUCUUCAAUUGCUGGAGCUUAUUCUGUUAGUAAAACAGCUCUUUUGGGAUUAACGAAAGCUGCAAGCCAAGAUUUAGCCUGUGAUAAUAUUAGAGUCAAUUGCAUUGCUCCAGGAAUUGUAGAAACAAAGUUUUCAGCUGCAAUAUCAACUGGUCCAGCUAAAGAAAUUGCUUUGCAACAAAUUCCAAUGAAUAAAUUGGCUCAGCCAGAUGACAUUGCUGGAACUGUUACUUUUCUGUGUUCCAAUGAUGCCUCAUACAUUACUGGAGAAACAAUUGUUAUAGCUGGUGGAAUGCAAUCAAGACUUUAA